AAUUAUUUUUGUUAUUAUUUUAGUGUUAUUUACACAUUUGAUUUCCAAGUAUAACUUUGUUGUAAAUUGUAAUCCAACAAGCUCCAACUGUUGUGGUGAUGCUUCCUCUGUUUCUCUUCCUCACAUCAACAAUAAAUCUGUGCAAAUUCUUAGAACCCAGUUGUUGUUAGAAAGACCCAUAACGUAAAAAUGUUAUCUUGUGCCAUAACCAUAUCUGCUUUCCCCAUCAUCACCAUUAAUAAAUGGAAGCAGAAACAUACGCAAACGGUGUCAGCUUCCAUUCACCAUGACAGCCUCAGAGUGCUUGAAUGGGACAAGCUUUGUGACUUGGUCGCUUCCUUCGCCACCACUUCCUUGGGUCGUCAAGCCCUCAAGGACCAGCUAUGGUCUCUGAAUCAGACUUUUGAGGAAAGUCUUGCACUUCUCAAGGAAACCAAUGCUGCUGUUGAAAUGCACAAGCACGGCACUUUCAGAUUGCACUUGGGUCACCUUGAUGCUAUGCUGGUCAAAACUGCAAUUCAACAUGCACGGAGAAGUAUGCCGGUGAGUGGCUCUGAGGCAUGGGCUGUUGUGGCUCUUCUGCAGUGUGCUGACACCUUGCAGGGUGAUCUCAAAGCUGCUAUUAAGGAAGACAAAGAUUGGCAUAGUCGUUUCAUGCCUCUUACAGAAGUGAUAAUGGAAUUUGUUGUCAAUAGAUCUUUGAUUAAAGUGAUAGAGCAAAUUGUCGAUGAAGAUGGCUCUGUUAAGGACUCUGCGAGUCCAGCCCUUAAACAGUCACGCCAACAGGUGCAAGUGAUUGAGAGAAAGGUACAACAGUUAAUGGAGAGCAUAGUCAGGAAUGAAAAGAGUGAAACAUCAAUCCUUGAAGUGAAUAACGUUGAUGGCAGGUGGUGCAUAAGAGUAGAUUCUGGGCAGAAGACAAGUUUUAAGGGUCUAUUAUUGUCCAGUGAAGCCGGAGUUGGAAGUACUAUAGAGCCACUUUCUGCUGUUCCUUUAAAUGAUGAGUUGCAGCAAGCAAGAAGUUUGGUGGCAAAGGCUGAGGCAGAUGUGCUUUUGACAUUAACCAAAAAGAUGCAGCUGGACCUUGAUGAUAUUGAAAGGAUAUUGAACAGUUUGAUUCAACUGGAUGUGAUUAAUGCCCGUGCUACUUAUGGUCUUUCAUUUGGAGGGUCAAGUCCUCAUAUAUUUCUGCCAGAUAGGAAUAACUCUUCUACUGUGGAAUUCUUAACAAGGAAUGAUAAAUCCUAUGGCCAAUUACCCAACAAUAAGGAAUGGAAGCUGUAUCUGCCGAAAGCUUAUCAUCCUUUAUUGCUCCAGAGGCACAGGGAGCAUUUGAAGAAGGCCAAAAAAAAUGUCAAUCUUGCUACUUCAGUUGCUGUAUCAGACAAUGCCCAGCCAGUACCAGUUGAUUUUUUGGUAUCUCAAAAAACUUCUGUUAUAGUUAUAACUGGCCCUAAUACUGGCGGCAAAACCAUAUGUUUGAAGACUGUAGGGUUGGCUGCUACGAUGGCAAAAUCAGGUCUUUAUGUUCUUGCUUCUGAAUCUGCACAAGUUCCUUGGUUUGAUUCUGUCUUUGCUGACAUUGGUGAUGAGCAGUCCUUAUCACAAUCGUUGUCUACAUUCUCUGGCCACUUGAAACAGAUAAGUAAUAUUAAAUUACAGUCAACAAGCUGGUCACUAGUGCUACUAGAUGAGGUUGGUGCCGGAACAAAUCCCCUUGAAGGAGCAGCACUAGGAAUGGCAUUAUUGGAAUCUUUUGCUCAAGAUGGUUGUUUGUUAACUAUAGCUACAACUCAUCACGGAGAACUGAAAACCCUAAAAUACAGUAAUGAGGCCUUUGAAAAUGCAUGUAUGGAGUUUGAUGAAGUGAAUUUGAAGCCAACUUACAAGGUUCUCUGGGGUGUACCAGGGCGCUCACAUGCAAUUAAUAUAGCUGAGAGGUUGGGACUACCAUCUGUUGUUGUAGAUACUGCUCGUAAGUUAUAUGGUUCUGCUAGUGCAGAGAUAGAUGAGGUAAUAACUGAUAUGGAAAAGUUAAAACAAGAUUACCAAGAGCUAUUGGAUGAAGCACGUCAUUAUCUAAUGCACUCCAGAGGACUUUACAAUAGUCUGUUGAACACCAGAAGGAAGAUCAUGGAACAUGGUACUAAUUUAAGAUUUAAGAAGAUGAGAGAUGUAUCUGAAGCUGCAGCAAUGGCAAGAUCCAUCAUUCACAAGAAAGUGAGGGAAUUGGAUGCAUCAGCUAAGCAACCUUCACAGAAUAAUAAAACCAUUAAGAUUUCUCAUCCAUCGGCAACCAACAAAAGCCAAACUGCUGCAUAUAACAAGGAACCUACUAUUGCAGAUAGAAGUGCAUCUGCUGUAAAAGUUUUUAACCAAUCCUCAUCAGAUAAGUCUGAGCUUCCCAAGGUUGGUGAUAUGGUACAUGUCUCUUCCCUUGGGAAAAAGGUGACUGUUUUAAAAGUGGAUUCAUCCAGAGGAGAAAUUGUAGUUCAAGCUGGAAACAUGAAGUUGAAACUUAAAGUAACUGACAUUCAAAGAUCAUAAAAGUUGGGAAAUCAUGGCUAUGGUAAAAAAUAAGUAAGUGUUUUAUUUGUGCUCAUGAUCAUAUGUUGUGCCUUUUUUCUAACUGCAUAAUAUAGUAACAACCCUGCACCACCUUAAAAUCAAUAUUUUCAGACACUGGAGCAUCAAGUUUCAACAAUUAAAAUGUUGAUUUUUUUUUAUAUUUUUUAUUAUUUUAGAAUUCAGUGCAUUGUAUUUUGCCCCUAAUUAUAUAUGUUCCUUCCUCCAUCCCUAGUAAUGAAUCAACAAUCCCAAAAGCUCAUGUCAUUAAGUGAAGAGACAUGAAUAGUUUUAUAGUGCUUCUCUAACAUGCUCUUUCACGUAAGAGCCCUGAUUAGAGCAUGGAUACUGUAAAAGCCCACCAAUCUUCUUAUAAAAUCUAACUACUUUAAUUAGAAGAAUAAAGCAGUAAGGUUCAAACAAUAGACCAUUUAGUCAUAGAGAUUUUGAUAUCAUGUCAUGAAUCAACUCCUAAAAGAUUAAGUUGAUUGGUGAAGACACAUGAAUGGUGUUAAAUUACAUCCCUUACCCACUUGAAUUUUAGUUCAAAAUAUAUUUUUUUAACUUGUUGCCUUGAAAAUGGAAAAUGUGCAUUCAAACUGCUAUCUUAUGACUUGAUGUGAGAUAAAACAAAGGUGGGACUUUCAGAAACUUCAGUUUCUUCAUUUAGCCGGAUGUGCCAAGAACUACAGUUUUACAAUGCCAUAAGUAAUACAAAUAGUUUUUAUGCUAAUUGUGCAAGGUACACUUUUCUCUAUGAUGCAUAUGAAAAACUGAAAAGCAAUUUAAGAAACUUAAACUGUUAGCAACUUGAAAUUAAGAAAAACUACUCUUUUUUUGGUCGUCAUGUCUCCUUGUCAGAAUGGAUUGAAGCUGCAAAAAGAAUAGGUAAACAAGCUAUUCGGUUAAAGAAAAUCAUGGGCAGUUGAUGGCGCUUGCUUAGUGGAAAGAACAAUGACAGGUAUUCAGAAACAUAGUAACUAAGCAAAAAAAGGUUUAGGUAUUUUACCCUUUGUUUCCUUUCACUUUAUUGAGACAUGAACCCUUAAGAAUUUGUUAGGUGCCCUUUAUUUUUGGUCCACUUUGUCAUAUAGUUACUUAACUGAGCUAAUUUGUUUGUAUUGUCUAUUUUAGGCUUUUUGACAUGGAAUAUCCCUUCACCCUCUUCAAGAAGACACCAACGGAUUCCUAUUAUGUGCUUGGGUUCCUUUAAUUAAGAAAACUUCUUCGAUCACCACCAACCCAAAAAACAUAUCAAUUAAUGAAAAGGGAGCAUGGCAUGAUGUAAAAAGACUGUUUGAGUAU